AUGCCCUUGCAACCCUUGACAGAAUCUCUCAGUAUUCUUUUUGACGACGCUGCUGACACGAUGGAUCGGAGUGAGGAAGUUCAUUCCGGCCGGUAUCCUUCGGUGAAACUGGCCAAUUCAUCCAAGAAAUACACUGAUGAUUCUAUGCAACAUUCGAGGUCAAAUAUUUUUACUUUGACCAGGAAUGGGAACCAUGCGACUGUUCAGUCGCUAGAGGAGGAAGAAGUGGUUGUUGAAGACCGAUAUGAGAGUCCACACGAAGGAGGAUCUGUACAGCGUUUAAACUACCAUGUGCCGCAGAUCAUGGGUUUGGAACUCCAAGUUCCUGCAUCUCUUCCACACGACGGAUUCGCUCCAAUGCAACUAGGUUGUUUUUCGCCACGUAACUCUGGUACAGACGACCCGGCAGUUCAUCUAGAUACUUACAACCUUUCUGCUAAUAUUCUGGGCCGAUUAAAUCCAACCGAGACCAUUGCUUUUUACAAUUGUUCUCCGGGUUUCUGCUCGUCUGUGAGCACCGUAUCUGCACCCGCUACGUUUACCUCGUUAGAGACGUAUUGGAAUUCGUUGGGAUAUUCCGAUCCAGUAACGCAUUCGUUUCCUGAAUCUCUAGACUUCUGGAGAUGGUCUACUUUAUCCGCGAAUGAAACCUUGGUAAUUAAACCCAAGAAUCAUGGCUCGAGUGGUCAAAAAUCGUCGACUGAGACAUCUCAUCAGAGACUAUUGCGAAAGGAUGGAAAUCUUGAACGUAACAGGGUCCCGUACUGGUCUCAAAAAAUGCUACGGCCAUCUCUGAGAAGGUCCGGAGGGGACCCUGGGACCCAGUUACAUUAUUCCCAUGGGUAUCAAGGAAGAGUCCUGCAGCCUGACGUCAAGUUCUCUGAAUUAAACCAGUCAGAUGGGUCAUUAUUCCAAUACCCGAACUCGAUGUCGCAUUCAAAUAUGGAAAAUAACUUUAACAAUUCUGUCAGAAACACCAAACAAUCAGUCAUGUAUCCGGGCGGGGAAUUAAAUUCAAAAAGCAAAGACGAGUCUUCUAUUCUCCCAAUAGGUUUCCCAGAUAACGGUGCAUACCAAUACUCAGCCGAAAGCCAAAUUGGGAAUCUAAAUGCGAUAGACGUUUUAAACUGUAUAACGAUGAGAGCAGGACCUAGAAUCAAUCUCGGGAUAAUAGACAUGUCGUGUGCAUUCGUCAUAUGCCGAAUUACUGCCGGUGAUUUUCCUAUAGUGUAUGCUUCUAAUGCGUUUCGCCGGUUGACCGGGUACUCACAUGAAGAAGUUUUUGGGCGCGACUGUCGGUUUCUUCAGGAGCCAACGGGGAAUAUUGAACCAGGAUUGAAACACAGAGCCUCCUAUGACAAGGCGGUGCGCCACUUAAAAUAUAAGAUAAAUGCCAGAUCUGAGGUUCAGGAGUGCUUAGUGAAUUAUCGAAAAGGGGGACAACCGUUUUUGAAUCUGCUCACCGUGGUUCCGAUACGGUGGCUCUCAGAUGAGUAUAAUUUCAGCGUUGGAUUUCAGAUUGAUAUCGUGGAUUCUCCUCAAGGGAUUACUGGAAGAAACCUUGAUGGCUCAUAUAUCGUUAACUACCGAAGAAUAGAACUUGCCCCCAAUAUAUACGACCCAGGAGGCACAACCGGGCGAGAUCAAAAUGGGUAUUUCCCCUCCAAAUAUCGCAAGAGCAGCAAUACGACAGAUGUCGAUGAAACCAGAAACCAGAGCUCUUUUCACUUUAGAAGCUACUGGGGAAAGGUAUUUUUGGGAAGCCCUGAUUUUCUAUUCCACGUUAUAUCGACAAGUGGUGUAUUUUUAUACGUCACUCCCUCAGCAUCCGCGAUUCUCGAAUACGAACCUAAGGAGCUGGCUGGAUCGAUGCUCUCCUCGAUAUGCCAUCCCAGCGACAUAGUCACCGUUAUAAGAGAACUCAGGGACUGCGAGCCCGGCUCAGCCGUUAACCUCCUCUAUCGCAUUCGCAGGAAAACCAGUGGGUACACAUGGUUCGAAAGUCUGGGCUCUGUCUACUUGGAGUCGACACGAAAGCAGAAGCAUGUAGCUCUGUUAGGGAAACUGGUGGCAGUUUUCACCAUGUCCCAUGGCGAGGUGAUGGAGAAUGGCGGUAUCAAUGAGGGCGAAAUAUGGGCUAAGAUUUCGACAUCUGGAAUUUUGCUUUUCGUCUCGUCCAGUGCGGGUGCCUUUCUUGAUAGGCGCGCUGAAGGCUUGGUUGGAGAAAGCGUCCAAAAUCUUCUAAGCGGUGAGUCAUUGGCGGAGUUUGAGAAUGCAUUGGGUGUCGCGCGCAGUGGAAAACAAGUCUCCUGUAACCAUGGAUUACAGCAUCGCCGAGGGCAUUUAUUGCAAGUCCAGAGCACAAUAUAUCCUGGUGAAAAGACGGACAAGGGAUCGAAACCUGCGUUUCUGAUAUUACAAAUUCGAUUGCUUAAGCUACGGAGACCAACCAUUGGCUACCGGGCGAAGGCCUCUGUGAUGAAAACACGCAGAAAAACGAGCAGCGGCAUAACGAUGCACCAACUAAUUUCACCCGAUAUAUGCCCACCACGCUGCCCUGACGUCGCUGGCCAUGGUUAUGGGAAUCAAUAUAUGAGGCCCUCACCCUGCUCCUCUCUCACGGGACCUCAACCUAUGAUCCAUCCCGUUGUUAAACCCGACUCAUCCAAUAUGCCAACCAGAUAUAACAAAUGGAGUCCAUUCCUUUCGAACCCAGAAAUCACACAAGAAAGAACACGAGAAAGACGAGAAUCUUGUAACAUAUUCGAAGAGUUAAACCCGACCCGCACCACAAAUUGGCAGACUGAGCUGGAGCACUUGAAAAGGCGCAACAAUGUCCUUGUCGAGGAACUGCAGUAUCUGACGAGUUUGAAAAAGAGGCGGAAGCGGAAAAGGGACGUCGAGAUGCCCGAAAAGGACUGCUCACAGUGCCAUACGAAGACCACACCGGAGUGGAGGAGGGGCCCAAGUGGGAAUCGGGAUUUGUGCAAUAGCUGUGGUUUGAGGUGGGCGAAGCAGGUGAGUACAGUAUCUGCGUAG